CGGUAUUGGCUAUAGUUUUUGCAGUGAUAAUAAUAUUAAUCGUCGUUGGUGUAAUUAUGAUUGUUACAAGCCUAGUCUCAACAGUUACAACCAACUACAAAAAGUUACAAUUGCAACCAAUUACAGAAAGCCCUGGAAGGGAUGAUUGGCAUCACUUUUCAACUGGAUCGUACAAGUUGUUUCCAACUGAGGUUAAUUAUGAAGCAGCAAAAAAUAGUUGCAGAAAUGCAAAUGCAAGAUUGGUAACUGAGGGAAUAAGAAAUAAAGUCACCCGCAAAAGCAUUAUGGAUGAAAUGAUACUUCCCGCUUUUAAUGCAAAUAAACUUGGAGAAGGUUAUGGAGUGUGGAUAGGAUUGGAUGACCUGGAAGUAAUCAACAAAUGGAAAUGGAUCGACGGUAUUGCGUCGACAAAUGAUAACACUGCUUGGGCUCCCAGUGAACCAAAUAAUGCAAGUGAAAGAUGUGGAAUGCUGCAUAAACUAUUAAAGUGGUUGAUCAAUGAUGAGUAUUGUUUGGUUGCCAAUGCAUAUGUUUGCGAAAUAGCAAAAAGUAAAUGACAGACGCAAAAAAAUAUCAGAGAAUAAAAUUUCCAUGCUUAUCAUCGGUUCAGCAUGUUUUACUGUUUAUUCAAAAUUGUAAGUAAUCAACUACUAACUAACGUUUGAACAAUGGUUUUAUUUGAUACAUUCCCUCUUCUAAACAGAAUUAAACAUAACAUCUCUUCAUGCCCGAAAUGACAAUGUCAAAUGUAUAUUUUUCAUAAGUCUGUAUUUCAACAAUCAAGUCAUAAGUAUAGUUCCAACUUUAUAUUCCAGUCAUACAUUGCCUGCCUCACAUUGUGCACUGGUAAAAAUGCAUCCUCAAAUUUAUAUUACUCACUUA